AUGGAAGCUGUACCAAAACUAUCAUUCCUGAGUUUUGACCUUAAGAUAAGUCCAGAAAAUACUCAUUUCGGGCCGAAGUUAAAACAGUACAUAGCAGAAGUAUACCGUGAAGACCCAGAAAGUUAUGGCAAUGAAGUGCACCAGUUGGAAGGACUGAGAUCAGCAGCAGUUCGGCCUACAAAUGAUGUAGAAGGACUAAAAGCAUUAAACAGAUACUUUUGCCAAUUAAGAGCUAUGCAAAGUCGCUUUCCUAUGGCUAAAGGUCAACCUGCUGCUUGCACUUUUGUUUGGAAGGAUUUAUAUGCAAAUAUGAAUUGUUCACUCGCAGACUUAAAGUUUGAGAUGGCAUGCAUACUAUACAAUAUAGGAGCUCUUCACACUCAACUGGCUUCAUCAGAGACUCGCACAUCACCUGACAGCCUUAAACUUGCAUGUCAGCACUUCCAAAAUGCUGCUUGGACAUUUCAACACUUAAUGGAACAGUACCCCCAACCAUCAGGGGCUGAUGUGUCACCAGAAAUUCUCAAACUGUUGCAGGAGAUAUGCUUUGCCCAAGCACAAGAGUGUAUAUUGGAUAAAAGCAGACAAGAUACAAGAAAACCUAGUGUUAUUGGUGCUGUGGCUACCCAAGUAUUGUACUUUUAUAAGAACUCCUUGGCAAUUCUUGGCCCUUCAACAGGCACUGACAAUAUACAUGAAAUAAUUGGCACUAAAUUAUACAAUGUUUGGUACCGACAUCUGUCUUUUAAGUCCUCAUAUGUAGGCUGCAUUGUGUCCUUAUAUCAAGGUAUUCAUGCUGAAGAGCAACAGAAAAUGGGUGAGCGUGUUGCAUACUACCAACAAGCUGUUGACAAAUUGAAUGAAGCUCGAAAGCUGGCUAAAUAUAUUGAGCCAGUGCAAGUAACACAGGAAGCACUCACUUUUACAAAUGAUGUAGUAGAAGGAAAGAGGAAAGCUGCUAAAAAUGAAAAUGAAUUCAUCUAUCAUGAAGAGGUUCCAGAUAAGGAUGUGCUAUCAGAAUUAAAGCCAGUUUGCUUGGUAAAAGUGUUGGCUAUAAAUUUUAAUGAUCCAGAGGUGGCUGGGCAAGAUAUAUUUUCCCGUUUGGUACCAAUAGGCGCACAUGAAGCAUCUUCUUUGUAUUCAGAGGAAAAAGCUAAGCUCCUGAGACAAGUGGUUUCACAAGUUGAAGCGAAGAAUCUUGAACUCUCGGAGUUUAUGUCUUCCUUGCAACUUGACCAGUUAGAUGUUCUUGAUGCUGAUCAAAAGAUACCCCAAGAGAUAGUUGAUCGAUGUGCAGCGAUGAAUGCAAAAACAGAAAUAAUCAGCACUCUGGUGGAUUCCAUGAACAAUCUCGCUGAGCUCAUUAGUGAUGUUGAGCAUACUCUAGGCGACAUUAAGGCUAUUAUUCAGGAAGAAAGCCAAAUGGAAAAAGAGUAUCAGAAGACAAUGGGUCCCCGUCCGCCGUCUUUGGUUCAGACGGAGUUGGCUCGCGAGUUGCACAAGUACAACGAAGCUCAUGCGCGUACGUCUGACAGCAAUCAAGUGCUGCACAAGGCCAUGACGUUACACAUUGCUAACCUGCAGCUGCUGGCUCAACCACUCGACCAGCUGCAAGAGAAGAUACCUAGUGUUGAUAACAUUGAGGGUCUGGAUCGAAAUACAAUGGGCGAGAUGCGGCGCGUAGUUGGGAAAGCACGCGAAAUGCAAGCUCAGCGCACUGCUCUCGUUGCUGAAUUAAGAGCGACACUUGCAGACGAUGACGUCACUGCUCUAUUGUUGGCUGACCCGCACCAACCUCACGAAGAACUCUUUAAGCGGGAAAUAGAGAAACACACACCAAAGGUGAAGAUCAUAGAACAAAAUCUAGCUGCUCAGGAGAAUAUAAUAAAUCGUUUGACCUCGCUAUACGCUUCGUAUGGAGAUUCGCGCCGGCUCCUAGCUGAUGUGUUACGCAAACGGGACGCCAUGCUCAGCGCUCUUGUAACGUCGUAUGACAGCUUUGGCGAGUUAGUCAGCAAAUCAGCGAAAGGACUGGAGUUUUAUCGCAAAUUGCAGCACAAUCUGAACGCGCUCCUCGCUCGCGCUCGUUCCGUCUGCCAGGUGCAAAGAGAAGAACGUGAACAGAUGCGCAGUACUGUGAAAGCUCCUGCUACGACAAAGUCCAGCUCCGUGACGCCAACGAUGCCUCCAUCUUCCGGCACCACGCCAAAGCUAAAGGACUAUUUACCUUACAUGAAAAACAGGUCACUUGCUCGAAAUGUGCCACCUCAAGUUUCAAUGGAAAUGCAGCCGCCAGAUUCGUAUCCCGAUCCUACGUGCCCUACUUCAGUUCGCCCGACUCCUGUCGGAUCCGAAGCUACAGAAGUGUCUCAACCAGCUUUACCCGACGGUGUUGGCUAUGCAAAUUACCCUACAAAUUAUAUGCAGCCUGAUUCUGACCCCUACAGUAAAUAUGGGUACCCUGUUAACAAACAGUUUAAUAAGACAGAGCAAAAUCAGAGUUUCAAUUACCCUGGAUACAGUCAACCACAGUACCUGAGCUCGGCUCCUGAACAGCAAAGUUUUUCUAACCCCUAUCAAGCAACAUCCGGGGUGUCCACGCCCAUAAUGGAUCCGCAAGCAGAAGCUGCUUAUUCGAUACAAACGAACCUGCACAGCGGGUAUCCAGGUGCUCCUUUGCCGUCGCUAACAGACAUGUCAUCUUCAAUGAAUGUUAAUCAAGAUUUGAGUUCAAAUUUUUCUCAAAUGCACUUCUCGGCACCAAAAUCUGAAGCAAUGGGCAAUUACAGUGGAGAGUACUCACAGACAUACUUCAGCGUUCACUAUCCGCCCUCUUCCUCCAACGUCGCUACUUACAGUCAUGCGCCGCAAAACAUUAACACUAACAGUAGCACUCAAUUGUCGUCUCAGUAUGCUAUGAAUUACCCUCAGGCGCCUAUCGAAAAUGAAUAUGGGCAGAACACCGGGCAGCUCGCAUCGUCCGCCUCAAAUUCUUAUGCAAAUUAUUCUCAAUCUGCUCAGAAUGUUUCCAGCGCUUUUACACCUGCUUCUACUAACGUUCCCAAUGCGUAUCAGUCGUACUCUGAAGCAUCGCCCGCUGCCUUUUCUAAUGUGACAAGUGGCAAUGCAGCAAAUCCAUAUUUUAACUCAUCCAAUACCAACAUGUACAUUCCGCCCAAUCAGGCCCCAAGUAUGCCAUCUUCGAUGCCGAACCAAAUGGUUGCCGGUUCGGCUCCAAACGCUUCGAGCCAAUAUGUCAGCGAGCCUCAGUAUGCAGGAGGCUUCAACAAUACUAUUAAUGAUUCCAAUUACACGAAUGCCAACCAAUCAUCUACGUCCACAGCUAGUGGUUUUAACUCUUCCGUAAAUUACAACCUCCCGACAGACUCAACAACAUACGUAAACCCUGCCUUAGCGCAGAUCGACGAACUGGACCAGCCUAUAAAGUCACACGCCAAAGGCGAAGCCCUAUCUAUGCCGAUCCCGAAUUAUCAAAACUAUAACAUGAGUACCAACGUUAGCUUCCCGUCUGAUCAAAACACGCAAUCGAUUACUAUGAGUGCCCAAUAUAGUGACACAACUAACUCAAGUUACGGUCAAACGUAUCAAAACCAUCCAGGCUACACUUACAAUGCGAACACGGGGAAUUAUGACUACAGUUAUGGCUCGCAAAAUUCUUACACCAAUUAUGAACAGCAAAACGUAGAUUACAACCCCCAAAAGAUGGGUCAAGAACAGAGUUUUAAUCAGAGCGGCGUGUACACCAGUGCGGGCACGUACAACACGAUGCAGUCCCCGUCAGAGGCUACGCAACCAGUGACGCUGUCCCAAGAACAGGGACAACAGCAAAACGUAUACAAUAACACGUAUGGAUAUAAUACAAUUUCGAAUCAGACGAACGAAGGGUUCAUGUCAAAUGCUCCUCAUAGUGCUCCUGCUGCGUUAUCAGCCGUCGCUAACCAAGUGUCAUUUACUAAUGAAAUUAGUAAUGAGAGCUCGGUUGUCUCUGAAAACGUUGAAAUUGUCUCACGGCCGCCAGAAAUGGAGCCGGUGCCACCUGUUCCAGAACCCGAGGUGGCUCCGGUAAACACAGUCGAAGAGAGCAAAGAACCGACAACCUUUGAUCUCUUAUCCGAUAUUGAUUUUAGUGUUGAACAAAAGCCUUUAUUGCCGGAAAUAAAAGUCCCACAGAUCUCGGACAAAGCUAUUUUUAAGUCUCCCGCUAUUACAAAAGUCGAUACAGUGAAACCCCCUCCGGAGGAAGAAGAAAAAAUCCAACGGCCAGUGAGACGAGAUCUCUUCUCGGAUCCAAGUCUGGUGAAUCGAUUUACCCAGGAGGUUAAACGUUUGCAACAAAUAACAGAUUCUCUAAUAAAUAAGACCCCCAAGGGCUUGACAGUAUUAGAUUCAAAGUGGAAACAAUUGCAAGAUUCUCAAAACCAAGAAAAUAUGAACAAGUCGAAGAGAAUAGUAAUGGAACGCUCUCGUAACAUAGUCAGCGAUGUCGUGCCAUACGAUGACUCUCGAUUGAGACUCAAGACAGAUCCAGACGCAUACAUAAAUGCAUCAUACUACAAGCAAUUAUCGUCGUGGUGUGUACCUCUAGUUAUAUCCAAGUGCCCCGAUGAGACAGACACAGAGAUAUUUUGGAAAGCAAUGUUUGAGAAUAAUAUUACAUGUAUAGUUUGCUUGCUUACAGAAAUUGAGAUGCAGGGAGCCCCGUACUGGCCGACAGCGAAAGGUCAGACGUUGGGUCUUAACGGUAUCCGAAUAAUGCUGGAGGAAGUGCGAUGCAGCGUGCAUUGGACUGAGCGGAAGCUGAUCUUAACACAGGGCUCCCGCACGCACUCUGUCACUCACUACCAGAUCAACGUAUUUCCAGUCAAGGUAUUGUGUUCGCCACUGGUACUCCUAUGUGACGCAGUGCUGCGGCUCACCAGCGCAAAUGGCCCGAAUGACCAGUUGAGCGGCGCUUGUUUGCACUGCAGCACGGGUGCGGGCCGCAGUGCUCUCGUGGCAUUGCUGCUAAUGCUUAUUUCCCAAGUGCGCGCUGGUUACCUGGAUCUCGUGGAUGAGCUAGAAGCAGGCUGUAUGUCGCUUUGUCGAGGUCGCACUGGUGUGUUAGCUGACCCCAAGUACCUUGCGGACGCUUAUCGCGCGGCGUUGUUCUAUGCGCAGGGAGUUCUUUGCUCGGGUUCGACAUUGUUUAACGGCGAAUCGGUGUCCUUUCCGAGCGGCGCAGGAGUGUUGCCACAAUCUGCCACCACCCCAACACCCUCCACCGUCCCGACAGCAAGUGGUUCAAGCGCUCAGCGAACUAAAUUCAACCGAGAGUCAUUCGAAGAAAUGCGACAAGCGCCCGGGCUUAAAAACGUUGACAUGAAAGACCCCCUGAACUUCCUCGAUCCUCUUUGGACUCUCAAGAAAAAGUAG